AUGCUUGCCUCCCGCGUUGCAAAGCCCAAGUUGUCUCUGAGCAUCUCCACCAGCAGCACCCCUUCAACAGCACGCUCAACAUUGGCGUUGAAGUCACCCAUGAGCCCCUUGAGGUCACCCAUCCCCCCAUCUCCCAUCAGCCCGACUGCACGGAACACGCGCCUGAACCAACGAGGCUAUUCCACCAUGCAGCAGCCAACGUAUGCAUAUGUCAACUCCAGCUCCUCAAGAAGUAUCUUGAAGAAGUCCUCCAAGUCUCCUGCAUCCGGAGCACGACAGUUGUCCUUUGCAGAGACUCCAGUCGUGUACUGUGUGACUCCAAUUGAGGACGAAGGUUACUACGGCACGCAUAACAAGAUGUCCCGGGAGGAGCGAAGGUGGCAACGGAGAUGA